CGGAAGAGCAUUCUCCUUAGCAACUGCGGGACCGCGGCGGCGCCGGCCUUUCGGGAGCCAAGCUAGAGACACCGGAGCUGUCCACGGCAGGGAGAGCGCCAAGCUGAGGUAGCCCUAAAGAGAAGAGCUGACCUUUAGCCAAAAUGAGCCAUUCUGAGCACAGGCUGAGCUCCCGGCCCCUGGGAGCCCCCAAAGGUGGUGGUGUGUCCUCUGCAGUUUGCCCACUUGGUGCUGGUGCUUCGCCAGGUAACAAAAAGUCAAAGAACAAGUCUAUGCGAGGGAAGAAAAAGAGCAUAUUUGAAACCUACAUGUCCAAGGAAGAUGUUUCGGAAGGCUUGAAGAGAGGAAUGUUAAUCCAGGGUGUGCUGAGAAUUAAUCCAAAGAAGUUUCAUGAAGCCUUUAUUCCUUCCCCGGAUGGUGAUCGAGACAUUUUUAUUGACGGGGUUGUUGCACGUAAUAGAGCCUUAAAUGGAGAUCUGGUGGUUGUGAAACUACUUCCUGAGGAGCAGUGGAAGGUAAUUAAACCAGAGAGCAAUGACAAAGAAGCAGAAGCUGCCUAUGAAUCUGAGCUCCCCGAGGAGCUCUGUGGGCACCACCUCCUGCAGCAGUCCUUGAAAGGCUAUAAUGACAGUCCUGAUGUCAUUGUGGAGGCUCAGUAUGAUGACAGCGACUCAGAAGAUGGACAUGGCAACACGUAUAAUGUGCUGGUUGAUGGCGUUAAGAAGCUCUCAGUUUGUGUUCAUGAUAAAGGAAAAGAUGAUGCUAGUGCACAAGUCACAAAAGAUGAGAGCUGUCCCAUGUCUCCAGACACCAGAGCAACGUCAGAGAAGUCACUGCAGAGAACAGCCAAGGUGGUUUCCAUCUUGGAAAAGAAACAUUCCCGAGCAGCAACAGGCAUCCUCAAACUCCUGGCUGAGAAGAACAGUGACCUGUUUAGGAAAUAUGCCCUGUUUUCUCCCUCAGACCACCGAGUGCCUAGAAUUUAUGUACCUCUUAAGGACUGUCCCCAGGACUUCGUGACCCGGCCCAAAGAUUAUGCCAGUACCCUGUUUAUCUGCCGCAUUGUGGACUGGAAGGAAGACAGCAAUUUUGCUCUGGGGAAGCUGGCUAAGAGUCUCGGAGAGGCUGGUGAAAUCGAGCCUGAAACAGAAGGAAUACUAACAGAGUAUGGUGUCGAUUUCUCUGAUUUCUCUUCAGAAGUUCUGGACUGUCUCCCUCAAAGUCUGCCCUGGACAAUUCCACCUGAGGAGGUCAGCAAAAGAAGAGAUCUGAGGAAAGACUGUGUCUUCACCAUUGACCCAUCCACUGCCCGAGACCUCGAUGAUGCCCUCUCCUGUAGGCCACUUGCUGAUGGCACUUUUCAAGUGGGCGUACACAUCGCUGAUGUGAGCUACUUUGUUCCCGAGGGGUCACAGCUGGAUAAUGUGGCUGCCCAAAGAGCUACCAGCGUCUACUUGGUUCAAAAGGUGGUCCCCAUGCUUCCCAGGCUACUGUGCGAGGAGCUCUGCAGCCUCAAUCCCAUGACGGACAAGCUGACCUUCUCUGUGAUCUGGACGCUUACCGCUGAGGGCAAGAUCCUGGACGAAUGGUUUGGCCAGACUAUCAUCUGCUCCUGCACCAAACUGAGCUAUGAGCAUGCACAGAGCAUGAUCGAGCAGCCAACCAAGAAGAUCCCUAAGCAGGAGCUGCCCCCCAUCUCCCCAGAGCACAGCAUCGAGGAGGUACACCAGGCUAUUCUGAACCUGCACAGGAUCGCAAAGCGGCUUCGCCAGCAACGCUUUGCUGAUGGUGCGCUCCGCUUGGAUCAGCUCAAGCUGGCUUUCACACUGGACCACGAGACCGGGCUUCCCCAAGGCUGCCACAUCUACAAGUACCUCGACAGCAACAAGCUGGUGGAGGAGUUCAUGCUGUUGGCCAACAUGGCAGUGGCCCACAAGAUCCACCGCGCCUUCCCAGAGCAGGCCCUGCUGCGCCGGCACCCCCCACCGCAGACCAAGAUGCUGGGUGACCUGGUGGAGUUCUGUGAGCAGAUGGGGCUGGCCGUGGAUGUCAGCUCUGCUGGUGCCCUCAACAAAAGUCUAACAACAAUAUUUGGAGAUGACAAGUACUCGCUGGCUCGAAAGGAGGUGCUCACCAGCAUGUUCUCCCGGCCCAUGCAGAUGGCGCUGUACUUCUGCUCCGGGGUGCUGCAGGACCAGGCGCAGUUCCGCCACUACGCCCUCAAUGUGCCUCUCUACACGCACUUCACCUCCCCUAUCCGCCGCUUCGCGGACAUCGUGGUGCAUCGGCUCCUGGCUGCUGCGCUGGGCCACAGGGAGCAGCUGGAUGUGGAGCCCAAUGCCCUGCAGAAGCAGGCUGACCACUGCAAUGACCGCCGCAUGGCGUCCAAGCGCGUGCAGGAGCUCAGUACUGGGCUCUUCUUUGGCAUCCUGGUCAAGGAGAGCGGACCCCUGGAGUCUGAGGCCAUGGUGAUGGGCGUCCUGAACCAAGCCUUCGACGUGCUGGUGCUGCGCUAUGGGGUACAGAAGCGCAUCUACUGCAGCGCCCUGGCGCUGCGGUCCUACCACUUCCAGAAGGUGGGCAGGAAGCCCGAGCUCACGCUGGUGUGGGAGCCCGAGGAUCCCAUGCAGGAGCCAGCACAGCAGGUCGUCACCAUCUUCAGCCUGGUGGAGGUGGUCCUGCAAGCCGAGGAUGUGGCCCUCAAGUACAGGGCUGUCCUGAAGCGGCCGGGCCCCAAGGGCUGCCCAUGCCUGGAGGCCAAGGAGCCAGACCUGGAGCCAGAGGACCUAGAGCCUGAGGCCUGAGCCAAGGAGUGACCAGGCUGUCCACCCGCCAGCUUUUAGAAAGAGGACCUGUUGACACCAAAGGGGACUUUUAAUUUGGUUUUUAACAACUCAGGGGUUUGUUUUUAUUUUUAUUUCUUCAUUUAAUUUUUGCAUCUCAAUUUUUAAAAAAUGAACUGGAAGGGAGCGGGUGGGACCAAGAGAAAGGCUGAGCCUGGCCAACACGUCCCCUGGAGACCAGGCCACACCACCCCUAACCUCCCCUGCCUGGGACCCGGGGUCAGCCAAUCAGUGUCGUGGAAUAAAAUCAAGUGUGCAGCA